ACUUUUUUUUUUUUUUUUGCCUUGGAUGUUCAUUAUAAUGGAACACUAAAUAUGUUGGACUGUGAGAAUUGCAACCUAAUGUGGCAACCGUUUUUAAAGGAAUGUGACCAGGAUGCCCUUCACAAAAUACAUAGUCCUAUCAAAGACAUUGCCAAGUUGGAAUAGUGGCAUUUUGUUGACAGAUGUUGCCUCCUGAUAAACGGAUUGGUUUAUCCUCUCCACGACAAAUGGCGCGCUGAGAAUUUGCACGGUACCUAUAAUUAAAAUCACUCGCUAUUACGCAUGUCGGUCAGACGAUGACGACCUGCGUGUUGCUCGAGGGAUUUGUGUGGGGAAUGUAGCACGUGCAUGUGCACUGCACUGCGCGAGGUGAGGGGGAUGCUGUAUCGCUCCCUCCGCAGUGCACUGCACUCUCCCGGACCCCCAUGAAGAAUGCACGUCACGCAAUUUGUAGCCUACUACGUGAGUGGUCCAGGCAUUCCCCCCGCCAUUGCUAGCUACUACAGGUUGUCUGGUUGUCGUCUGUCCUCAUAAAGUGCGUUUCAGGCCUGUGAUCCGGAUUUUCACAACUAUUUCCAGCAAAAAAACAACAUGCUGACACGGCUUUACAGUAUGAACGGCGGGUAUCACCUUCGCCUUGUGGAGGAUGGAACUGUUGAAGGCAGCAGGCUUGAAGAUGAUAUCUAUAGUGUGCUGGAACUGAAGGCAGUCAGUGCGGGCGUUGUGGUCAUAAGAGGUGUGGAGGCUGGACUGUAUCUCUCCAUGGGGAGAGAUGGCAGGCUGCUUGGGUCGGCCUCUGUCACUGAUGAGAGCCACUUCCUGGAGAGUAUGGAGGAGAACCACUACAACACAUACGAGUCCCAGCUGUACAGAGGCUGGUACGUCGGGAUCAAGAAGAAUGGCAAGACCAAGAAUGGCUCUCGAACGCAUAUUGGUCAGAAAGCCAUAUUCUUCCUCCCUCGGAGAGUGCAAGAUUCCCCCAAUGAGGAAAUGUUUAUUUUUGCACAGAAAUGAGAAAAUGAAUGAAUGCGCAAGAACAUGCUGCUAGCCCAAGUAUUAUGACAUACAGUAUGUAUGUAUGUAUGUAUGUAUGACACUAACAUGACCUGCACUGCAUUGCCUUGUUACCUCAGCAUCACUAAUCUAAGACAUGUGUGUGUACUAUUAGACACAGUCCUGCUCCAUGACACUGUGAAUAUAUUGCACUUGGAUAUGUAACUCUACACUUUGUAGCCAAGGCUUGCAACCUAUUGGUCUACAAUGUUGUUUUUUAAUGCUGGCCUUAUUAUUUUUAUUGGGAAUGCCUUUAUUUUGUGAAUAAGCUCUCUAGAUGGUAUAUUUUGUUAAACGUCAUUGUGUUUUGUAUUUGAAGUAUGAAUAUAUGGGUAAAGUAUAUUUUGCAUAGUCAUAUGCACAUACUAGGUGCUCCAAUCUCUACUGUUAGUUGCCUUUUGUUGUAC